UCCCCACAACGAGCCACAGGGCCUGACUGUCAAAAUGCUGAUCAAGGAAUAUCACAUUCUGCUGCCCAUGAGCCUGGCAGAGUACCAGGUGGCCCAGCUCUACAUGAUCCAGAAAAAGAGCAGAGAAGAAUCAAGUGGAGAGGGCAGUGGAGUUGAGAUCCUGGCCAACCGGCCCUACAGCGAUGGCCCUGGAGGCAGUGGUCAAUACACACACAAGAUCUACCACGUAGGCUCUCACAUCCCCAGCUGGUUCCGUGCCCUCCUGCCCAAAGCAGCCCUGCAGGUAGAGGAAGAAUCCUGGAAUGCCUAUCCUUACACACGCACCAGAUACACCUGCCCUUUUGUGGAAAAAUUUUCCAUUGAGAUUGAGACCUAUUACCGACAGGAUGUUGGGAAGCAGAAUAAUGUCUUCAACCUAAGUGCUGUAGACCGCAGGCAACGGAUUCUGGAUACAAUCGAUAUUGUGCGGGACCCAAUCUCACCCAGUGAAUACAAGAUGGAAGAGGAUCCACGGCUUUACCACUCAGUCAAAACAGGACGUGGGCCUCUGGGAGAUGGCUGGUUGGAGAGCAUAGGCGAUGGGCCUCUCAUGUGUGCUUACAAGCUUUGUAAGGUGGAAUUUCGCUACUGGGGCAUGCAGUCCAAGAUUGAACAGUUCAUUCAUGAUGUAGGUUUGCGAAAGGUGAUGCUGCGGGCACACCGCCAGGCCUGGUGUUGGCAGGAUGAGUGGAUAGACCUCACCAUGGAUGAUAUCCGGAGGCUAGAGGAAGAGACAGCACGCAUGUUGGCCCAGAAGAUGGCCAAGUGCUUGGAGCCUGCUCCAGACACAGCCUCACCCAGCCCCGAAGGCCAGGCUGAACCAGGCAGUCGAGAGAACCAGGACAGCACGAUGAGCCUGAGAACUCCUGAGACGUCACGAGAUGAAGCAUUUGCCAAGCAGUGGUCAGCAACUUCUCGCUCUUCCUACUCUUCUCAGCAUGCAGCUGGAGUGUCUCCUCACAGCUUAUCAGAGUGGCGGAUGCAAAAUAUUGCACGGGACUCCGAGAACAGCUCUGAGGAAGAAUUCUUUGACGCUCAUGAGGAUCUCUCGGAUAGUGAUGAUGUUUUUGCAAAAGAAAUCACUAAGUGGAACUCCAAUGAUUUUCUUGAUACUCUGGAGCGGCCCAGUGAGCAGGAUGACAUUCUUGCUGACGCAGCUAAGCCAGAUAGUGACGGGAUCGCUCUGCCAGGCCAACCAGAGGCUGGCCCAGAAGACCUGUCUAGCACGUGCCGUAUCCAUGCACUCUUCUUGAUCCUGCACAGUGGCAACAUCCUAGACCAGGGUGUGGGAGAACCAGGCUCUAAGCAGGCUGAUGUGCAGACACUCACCGCCACCUUGGACUCGGUCACCCGCCUGCACUUCCCGGAGGCAUUGGGACACAUCGCAUUGCGCCUGGUGCCCUGUCCGCCUAUCUGUGCUGCUGCCUAUGCCCUUGUCUCCAAACUGAGUCCUUACAGUCAUGACUGUGACAGUCUGUCCAGCAGCCAGGACCAUAUUCCACUGGCUGCUUUGCCACUCCUGGCCACCUCCUCAGGCAGCUACCAGAAUGCGGUUGCAACUGUUAUUGCCCGUACCAACCAGGCCUAUGUUAACUUCAUCCACUCUCCUGAUGGUGCUGGCUUCUGUGGUCAGGUGCUGCUGAUUGGUGACUGUGUUGGGGGAAUCCUGGCCUUUGAUGCGCUUUGUCACAGUCGGGCUGGAGGGACAGGGAGUCAUGGGAGCAGCCGGCGUGGCAGCAUGAAUGCUGACCUGCUUUCUCCUGAGAUUUCUGUGGUGCGAGACCCAAUGCUUGAAAAGGCAGAGGUGCUGUGGGGCCGUGCCAGUCCUGAGCCAUCCGGGCUCCUGUCUUCCCAGAAACGCAGUGAUGACAACGUGGCACCAGAAGGGGAUUCUCUGCAACAGCAGCAGCAGUUUUUGUCUAGCCUGCAGGCCAGCGUGCCUGGUUCAGAGGCAGAAGGAGACCCUCGGCGUAGCAGUAAUUCUUCAUCUUCAUUGAUAGAGACUUUUGAGGGGACAAACACAGUUGGGAAACUGGAAUUCAAAGUGUCUGGCUUCUUCUUGUUUGGCUCACCCCUGGGACUUGUGCUUGCUCUUCGUAAGACAGUGAUGCCAGCCAUGGAUGUGGCCCAGAUGCACCCAGCCUGUGAGCAGGUCUACAACUUGUUUCAUGCAGCUGACCCCUGUGCCUCCCGUCUGGAACCUCUGCUGGCCCAGCAGUUCCAUGCUGUGCCACCUUUUGCCAUUCCCCGUUAUCAGAAAUAUCCACUGGGAGAUGGCUCAUCCACUUCAUUGGCUGAGUCUGUGCAAGCUCACUCUGCUCUCUUUUUGGAUGAUCUGGACCUUGUGACACCGCCUACCCCGACAGGUGCUUUUGGAGGCUUCUGGAAAGGGAAUGAGACAUCUACCACUGAAGUACCUGUAGCUAGCACCAGCGAGGUUGUCAAGAUUCUGGAGCGCUGGUGGGGUGCCAAACGCAUUGAUUACUCCCUCUAUUGCCCAGAGGCAUUGACGGCUUUUCCCACCAUUACCCUACCUCACCUCUUCCAUGCCAGCUACUGGGAAAGUGCUGAUGUAGCUGCCUUCAUCCUGCGCCAGGUGAUUGAGACGGAGCAACCCCAAGUGACAGAGAAUGAGGAGAGUUCCAUCUACAGCCCAGCAUUUCCCCGUGAAAAAUGGCAACGCAAGCGCACACAAGUGAAGAUCCGGAAUGUCACAGCGAACCACCGGGCCAGUGAUGUCAUUGUGUGUGAAGGGCGUCCCCAGGUUCUCAAUGGACGCUUCAUGUACGGGCCAUUGGACGUGGUGGCUCUAACAGGGGAGAAGGUGGAUGUCUAUAUCAUGGCACAGCCACUAUCGGGAAAAUGGGUGCACUAUGGCACAGAAGUGACUAGUGGUAGUGGGAGACUCUCUUAUACUCUUCUCGAGGAGAAGAUGCUGGGCAUUGGCAUGUACCCUGUCCGUAUGGUAGUCAGAGGUGACCACACCUAUGCUGAAUGCUUUCUGACUGUGGUAGCCAAAUCCACACCUUGUGUUGUCUUCAGUAUUGACGGCUCCUUCACAGCCAGUGUCUCCAUUAUGGGCAGUGAUCCUAAGGUGCGCGCUGGUGCUGUUGAUGUUGUGAGGCACUGGCAGGACUCCGGUUUCAUGAUAAUCUAUGUGACUGGACGUCCAGACAUGCAGAAGCAUCGUGUGGUGGCCUGGCUUACCCAGCACAAUUUCCCUCAUGGCAUUGUCUCUUUCUGUGAUGGUCUUACCCAUGAUCCCCUCCGCCAAAAAGCUGCUUUCCUGCAGGGCCUGCAGCAGGAGGCAGAAGUCAACAUUGUGGCUGGUUAUGGAUCCACCAAGGAUAUCUCUGUCUACAGCUCCUUAGGGCUCCCUCCAGCCCAAAUCUACAUUGUGGGCAGAGCUGUGAAAAAACUGCAAAGCCAGUGCCAGUUCCUGUCAGAUGGCUACGUUGCACACCUUGCUCAGCUGGAAGCGGCCUCCCUUGCCCACUCGCCAAAGGGAACAACAAGACCCACCCUGGGCAAAGGCAGUUAUGGCUGCCCUGCUCCUGUUGACUUCCUGCGCAAGCAGAGCCAGCUGUUGCGCUCAAGGGGGCAGAGCCAGGUAGAACGAGAGGGAUCAGGAAGUGCCCAGCCCCGGGCGAAGACACGCAGCGUCAGCCUCAAGCUGGACAGUGAGGAGUAAGCCUAUGUGGGGAAAGCCUUCACAUUGUCUGAGUUACAGCGGCUGGUGCCAAGGGUGGGUCUGUGACAGGAAAGAGUCAAGAAUGCCAGGUGCAGAGGAAGAGGAAGAAAGAAACCACUCUGCCUAGCAGAGGCUGCAAGCUGGUGUAUGGUGCCAUUUGAACAAGGAGAGACUUCUACGUAACCCCAGAGGUUCCUUCCGUCAUAUCAAGCCCAACUUCCUGCUGUUCUGUUUGUGGUCCCCUUUGACCCACAGUUCAGCCAACAUCCCUCAGCUCACUUCUGGGGAGUGGAGCAGGGAACCUUGACAUAAACUGUGUUUGUGAACUGAC